UUUACGCGCGGACGCGGCAGUUAUGGUUUGUUGUAGAUUUCGGGUCUCCUGUAGAAAUGGAUAUGUGUGAUGGCUGUCACAAAAACUUCACUAAAGCAUUCCUAAAUCAUGCAUCUGAACCUCAUGUGUGUGGUUUACCACGUAAUUCAAUCUGAAGAAGGAGAAAAGACAAUAAACGUUUGCUCUCGCUGUGCUGUCUAUAUGAAGUUGUCUAGGUAGCGCCUUCAGGAACAAACAGUGAAGAAAGCAUCCAAGUCAAAGAAAAUGCACCAAGCAAAAACACAAUGUGGAAAACAGAAACAGGGCAUGUCUCCAAAGGGCUUGGUGAGGAAUACACCAGUCCGUAAAAUCACUUAUAGAGUGGGAUACACAUGGAACAGAGGUGGACGACUCAAAGAGCUCAGGAUACGGCAUCUUGCACGGAAAUUCCUUCACCUCUGGAUUCAGAAGACGUUUGGACGAAUCACUCCAUCACAGGCCAGGUCUCACCACAGUAAGGUCAUCCUGAGGAAGGUUCUGAGGGUCUGGAAAGAUGAGUGGUGGCAUGCCAGAAGAGAGUGGACGCUGUCUAUUAGAGCAGAUUGUCAGUAUAAGUAUGUCCUGUACAGUAAAAUGUACCAAGCCUGGUGUGAAUACUUGUCUAUCAAGAAAGAGGAGAAAAAAAAGCUGCAGAUCGCAUUUGUCUAUGCGACGCGGUGUCGGAUGCGUGUCGUGUGGGAUGGCUGGGAGCUGUAUGUGGAAAUGAGACGCUUAAAGCACAGGAUGUAUGACACAGCCUUAAAACACCACAGACGCACUGCUAUUGGGCGGGUGUGGAAUGUGUGGCAUAGUGCACUACAGCAACGCAGAACAGAGCAUCAGCAUGAAGACUUGGCUCUACAGCAGUGGAAUACAACUGUACAGAGCAGAGCAUGGCUGGAAUGGAAAAAGAAAUAUGCACAGACAUGUAUCUUGAGAGAGAAAGAAGCCAGAGCACAUCUUCAGUACUGCCAUCGAAUCCAGAGACGUGUUCUACAAUGCUGGAUCACACACACUCAACACAAGACAGUUCAAAAUGAAGCAAAAGCUGUGGCUAGCAGUGUAUGGCAGUGCUCUGUGUUGAGGAGGUACUGGUGUGCAUGGCACAGAGCUUUGCAGGACAGACAGACUGACAGAGUUAAAGGACAGAUUGCAGAGAAUCUAGCACUGCAUGCCACUCAACGCCGAGCAUUCUCACGUUGGAGAGAAUAUGUGCACAUGUGCUCUGUGAAGGCCAAACAAGAACAGAUUGCCAUUCAACAUCGACACCUUCACCUGCUGCGUGUAGGGUUUAAAGGCUUUUCCCUAAACGCCACCCGCUGUAAAACUCAUCAGUUCAACAAGAUUAUUAGUGCAAAGCAUCAUCGGCACACAAUCGUGAUGAAAUAUUGGAGGCAUUGGCAGAUGCGCUUGGAGCAGAUUGAGGAAAGGAGAGUUCAGCCCCAAAUGACUAUAGCAGUGAACUAUAACAGAAUUGCACUGCUGAGAGUUUACCUUCAGAGAUGGAGGAAGACCUGCAAAGAACACAGACACAUGCAGGGUUUAGAGUUGUGUGCUGACUCUUGGUUUGCAAGCCGGAUCCUUCCAAAAUGUGUGAAAUCCUGGACAGAGUUUACAAUACAACGACUCGAGAACAGGGAGAGGAGAGAAAUAGCUGAACAGUAUCAUCAACAGCAGAUGUACAGCUGGGCUUUUUACACUUGGUGGGAACGUUGUGUUCAGCAGAGAGACCAGAGACUGGCAGAGAGAAUGGCUGUGUUGCAUGAUGAGCGAGCGUGUGUGUCCCGUGCCUGGUCUAAGUGGCUGUGCAGGAUGUUUCAGCAGAGAGAGGACAGACUCAAACAAACAAAAGCUGCAACACUUUACACUCACACUCUUCUGCGCAAAAUUCUGAAGCAGUGGAGACACACUGUAAGCAACAUCCAGAGAAGUCAGAGACGUUUCGAGCAGGCAGUGGUCCAUAACAGCCAGCAGUGCAUGAGGAAAGCUCUGAUUUGCUGGCGUGAGUAUGUCGAGUGCAGAAGAGAGAAGAACAGGCGGUUGAUGCAAAUUGAUGCACACUAUGAAGGAAGGUUACUCAAGCACAUGUUUGAGGCAUGGAAGCAACACCAUGUACAGGCCCAGCAGAUCGCUCAAAGUGUAGAACAGUGUUACCAACAACAUCAGGAACAUCUGCUCAGGAGGAUGCUGUGUUUGUGGAGGAGGAAUGUACGUCUGUUAGCGGAAGAAAGAGAGAAAGAGACACGAGCAAAGUGUCAUUAUCAACACAGUUUACUGUCAAAGGUGUUGUUAGCCUGGCAUCAGAGAUCAGCAUUCAAAGCAAUUCAUCAUCACCAGCAGGAGGAAGCACUGAGAGGAGCUCAACUUCACCUGGACAGAGUUCGGAUACAGGCAGUUCUUAGGAGGUGGAGAGUGAAGUGCAGUGAGGUGAGAGAAGAGAGACUGUCUAUGGAGAAAGCCUGUAGAUAUCACCGCCAUAUCCUGCUCAAAAGAAGUCUCAGGGCCUGGAUCUUGCAAAAUUACCAGCACAAAAACUAUCAGGUCAUGAAAAACAGAAGCAAUGAGCUACACAGAUUAAGAACGUGUCAGCGUUUUUUUAUCCUCUGGAAAGCACAGCUACAGAGCCGAAGAAGAGAGGCAGAGCUAACAGAGAUGGCCCUUUGGCACUGGUCCCUGAACCUACAAGCCAAGGUGCUUUGUGUCUGGAGACAUUGGGUUGCUGAAUGCCACAGAAAACAGAGUCGUCUUGCAGCAGCAGCUCAAUUCUACAGAGAUGAACUGCUACGAGAAGGCGUUACCCACAUCCUUACAUAUGCAACUCACAUGAGUGCGUUCUCUACAAACAUUUCUCUCCACAACCAUGAACAGAGUUCACGGCAGCUGCAGGCAGUGGUAAGGAGAUGCGCCUUGCGAUGGAAGCAGAGGGCGUUGUGCAAACCCUCCAGAGUCGGAGAGACAAACAAAAAUGACAAGCCCCAUAAAACAAAAAAGAGUGUGUCCUUUUCCCUGCCUGAAGACCGAAGCCACACCUACCAACCAAUCAGGAGCCCAGCCACAGAGCAGAGGGCAGAUGAUUCCACAAUAAACAAACUGCUGCUGGUUCGAGCAUCCAGGCUGCAACCACGAAGGCCUGUUGAUUUAUUAGACACCCCAGCCAAAGAACUGCUGCAACCUUGCAGACACAGUCACACAGACAAUAAUCAAAAAGCAACACCCCCUAAGAGUGCUCAGCCACAGCAUGCAGGCCAGAGUGACAAAUCACCUUUAGAAUCUGAUCCAAAAGCUAGUCCUUCCCACUCUGUUUCACUUCCAUUCAGCCAGCCUCAGCCCCAUGGAUUGUCUCUUUCCACAUCACAGCAGCCUCCUGUUCUGAACAUAAAGCCUCAAGUCUUGGCUGUAAUGUCUGCUUCAGCAGGAAACCUCACUAGACAUAAUAGUGCUGAGAACCAGGAGGUGCUGCUACCUCCUUCUUCAUUUACUGCGUCUAAAUCACAGUCCAUGGUGCAGGAGGCAGGUUCCAGACACAAGGAUCCCACACUCCUCUCCCCUCAAGAUUUCAUCCACCCUCACCUGCCUGGUCAAAUAGGUGUGUGUGAAAGCGUUUUUGUGGAUGACAACGAAGAGCCCAUACUCCCUCAGACAGGCAGUGAUCCUACUGAAGCUCUGAACAGGGAACUACAUAAUAUCAGACUCGACCUGCAGAGAUAUCAGCAAGAUAAAACACAGCUGCAGACAUGGCGCAAGCUUCAAAAAAUCAUGAGAAAUUGGCUCCAGACAACCGGCAGAGACGCAGAUACUGAAGAAAGAGAGAGCAUUAUACGAGAAAUAAACGAGCUAGAGAUCCGUAUUUCUACUCUGAAUGAGAAAAUGACCGAACGAAAGCCCAUCAUGAUCUGCCAUGCUGCGAGAGUCACCAGCAUAGAAAACCAACUGCUGAAAGCCAACAUUAAACUGUAGAUAUUAUGCAUUCUGUACGUUUUGCACCCCUUCUAGAUUGCCACCAGAUGGGUCAGGUAAAGAUGAUGAAUUUAGGAAUUUCUUAAAAGCUUGUAGAUGUUCAUCUUCAAAUACAAAUGAAGUUCUUGUUAUCUGUCAAACAUAAGCUGUCAGGAAACACAAUGAUGUAUGAUCCUAAUCAUC